AUGUGGGCCCUGGCCGCCCUGGGAUCACUUCUCUCCCUCGCUCCCCUCGUAUUUGCCUCGCCAUACAGGGAAGAUCUUGUGGCGUACAAUGUCAAUACCAACAAGACGGCCACAAACGUCCUCGACUACUAUUACCCCCAACGCGCCAAUUACACACCAUCCCCCGACAAUUGGCGCGCCCUUCCCUUCUACACCAUCCUUCUCGACAAGUUUGCCGACGGAGACCCUACGAACAAUGAUUUCUUUGGUAGUGUUUACGAGUGGGAUUGGCGGGAGACUCAGUUGCGAGCCGGUGGCGAUCUAAAGGGCAUGUUGGCCAGACUCGAUUACCUCCAAGGAAUGGGUGUCAAGGCCAUCUACACAUCUGGUACGCCUUGGUUGAACAUGAUCUGGGAGGCAGAUAGCUACUCCCCGCUCGACUUCUCCGUCAUAGAUCCACACUAUGGUACCCUUCAGGAUUGGCAGAAUGCUAUCGACGAGAUUCACAGCCGCGGCAUGUAUAUCAUGCUUGAUUUUACCGUCGGAACAAUGUCGAAUAUUGUCGGCUUCAAAGGUUUCGAGAAUGUCUCCGCCCCAUUCAACAUCCAGGAGUAUGAUGCAGCGUGGCUCGAUCCGCAAUAUCAACCAUGGGGGUUCGAGACAUAUGCCGAUUUCCAGUUCAACAAUACGUACAACACCUCCUGCGAGAUGCCCGUUUUUUGGGGCGAUGCCGGUACGAUCGUGGACAUAGGUUGGAAUGGUGGUUGUUAUGCCUCUGAGUUUGACCAGUAUGGGGACAUGGAGGCGUUCGGUGUGCAUCCAGAUUGGCAGCGUCAGCUCUCAAAGUUCGCGUCAGUGCAGGAUCGUCUCAGGGAGUGGAGGCCGGACGUCAUGGCGAAGCUUACCAAGUUCUCGUGCAUGGCUCUGACGGCUCUAGAUUUCGACGCUAUUCGUAUCGACAAGUCCACACAGAUGACAGUGCAAGGUCUUGUCGAUUGGACGUCCACCACCCGCCAGUGUGCCAUUGAACUGGGCAAGAAAAACUUUCUGAUUACUGGUGAGGUCACCGGUGGUGACUACUUUGGGUCGCUUUAUUAUGGCCGUGGUCGUACACCAACUGAGCGCCCCCCGGGAUUUUUGCAAGCGGCCAAUGUAACCCAGUCCGAAGACCAGUAUUUUUUGCGCGAUAUUUCGCAGGACGGGUUGGAUGGCGCAGCAUUCCACUAUUCGAUCUACCGCGGUCUGACCCGUUUCCUUGGUAUGGAUGGCGAUUUAGAGGACGCAUACGAUGUGUCUAACAACUUUGUCACGGCUUGGAACGAGAUGUUCGUAAAUGAAGAUAUGAUUAACCCAAACACUGGGUUAGUUGAUCCACGUCAUUUGUACGGCACGAGCAAUUUCGAUGUUUUCCGCUGGCCCACUCUGGACAACGGCACGGAACGUAGUGUCCUUGGAGCGUUCAUGGCAUAUCUGGUGAUGCCUGGGAUCUCUCUGAUGUAUUACGGCGAGGAGCAGAACUUUUAUAUCUAUGACAACACGGCUUCGAACUAUCUUUACGGCCGUCAAGCAAUGUUCAGCAAUACGGCAUGGCAACGCCAUGGAUGUUACUCGCUCGGGUCGUCGCAGUAUUAUAACAUUCCCAUGGGUCGCGCACUUAUCGCAUGCAAGGACGACUGGAAUUCCCUCGAUCAUUUCGAUCCUACAUCAGACACACGCCGAUUAUUCUCACAGUUCCUCUACUUACGAACUGUUUAUGCUGCACUUCAAGAUGGUUUUAACCUUGUUCAGCGUGGCAACUGGACGUAUGAUAUUGCGCGUCCAGGCUCUAACGGUACUCUCACUGAGAUGGGACUCUGGUCUGUCUCUCGUUCCGCAAUCGAGGGAUAUCAGACGCUGACCGGUAAUAACACCGGGCAAGUUUGGCUCCUUUAUGCCAAUAACAACAUAACCACGACGUGGAGCCAUGAUUGCAUGAAGUCGCUGUGGAUUUCCUCCCCGUACGAGUCUGGAAUGACAGUCAGGAGCUUGUUUCAUCCAUAUGAGACGUAUGUUCUGGAACAGUCAGGUUCGCCGUACUACAACAACGGUACUGGGCCUUAUUAUGGUUGUCUGGGUAAUAUCACCUUGCCCCCGUACGGAUUCAAGGUACUUGUUCCUGUGGAUCAGUGGGUGCCACCUCCACCUGCCAUCACCCGGUUUUUGCCUGGGCACGAUGCGCGGAUCACCUCAAACCCGAACAACAUGACCAUUAAUAUCACAUUAGAGUUUAACCUUGAAAUGGACUGCAAUGGCGUCACAGAGGCCAUUACACUCAAUAUGUCGUCUGCUGGCAACAUUACAACUCCCACAAUCGACAAGUCCACCGUCCAAUGCAAUGCUGUCACGGAACCGCAGCCGGCUCAGGUACAAGGCGUCUCCCUCUCUACUUGGGCCUGGUCGGCUACAAUACAAGACGUUCCUGAUGGGAUAAUGGAGAUAGUGGUUAAGAAUCCCAGUACGAGCGACGGAUCUGCAAGCACCAACAGUAUCGACCAUCUUCUUGUCCGCAAAGGGCAACCAAACAACAUUAUGGUAUUCCCGACAUAUAACUACGAUACAGACGGUUUCCAGUACAGCAAUGGCCAAUACUCCUACACUCACAAGGCGUACGGUGCUGAUAUGUUCCGCUAUUCAUGGAAUUUUGCGCAGAAUUGGUCGGACUGGCGGUCAUGGGAGGAUGUGACCACGAUCCCGGCCGAUGUUUUCGACACCUCGGACAACUGGUGGGAGGGACAGCAUCUCAUGGUUCAAUAUUGGAGCUAUCUCGCCCAGACAUCGAGUGUUGUCAUCCACGCCGACCAUGAUUACUCUAUUCCUCGCCGCGUCCCACAGUUCUUAGUUCGCGGAAUAUACAAUCAGUGGGGAAUUGACAAGGGUUUGCCAUAUGCGAUGUCCCAGAAUAGCAAUGGACUUUGGGAGCUCGAGAUCAUGGCGACAUGGCCGUCGUACGUGCAGCUGUGCGUCUUUGGGUUUGACAACUACUUCUAUGGUGAUGUCGAUGGUGACGGUGUCCUGGAUCGUCUUCCACCCAACACGUUAUCGCCCAACUACCUCAAUAUGUCCGCCCCUCCUCGCCCCCAUCUUGCGUGGAACCUCGUGGUUGAUGAUGCCACGCUAACAUGGUGGGUCGAACCAGUCGGCCAGUCCGCCGUUGGAGCCAUCUUCUUCGCGCUGCUCUUAGCCAUCCCUUUCAUAACCGGUGCCAUCGCUGUGGCAGUCUUCAUGUGGUCGUUCUACGGUAUCAAGUACAACAAGUGGGGUGUGAAACCGAACAAGGACCACAACUACUUCCCUAUUGUUGGCACGUUCGGGAGCAAAUCAAAGGCAAGCAUACAUGAGGCGCAUACACCGCUGUCGGAGAAGGUGUUUGGCCCCAAGCACCAUGCCGAUAUCAUCGGCUGGCCCGAGGACAAGAACAAGCGUCGCAAGGUUUUAAUUUCCACGCUCGAGUACGAGAUCAUCGACUGGAAGCUGAAAGUCAAAAUUGGUGGUUUGGGUGUCAUGUCAAGUUUAAUGGGCAAGGCUAUGACCGAUGUCGAUUUGAUUUGGGUCGUUCCCAAGGUCAAAGAUCUGGAGUAUCCUCCCGGUGAACCUUGCGAACCAAUUGAGGUCGUCAUUUUCGGCGAGCCAUACCUGAUUGAAGUGGAGACGCACGUUUUGGACAACAUCACCUACGUGAUCCUCGACAGUCCGGUCUUCCGAGCACAAACAAAAGCCGACCCGUAUCCGGCUCGCAUGGACGAUCUCAGCUCAGCGAUAUUCUACUCCACCUGGAACCAAGCGAUCGCCGCUACGGUCCGCAGAUACCCUGACAUAGAUAUUUACCACAUCAACGAUUACCACGGCGCACUUGUUCCCAUCUACCUGCUGCCCAAAGUACUGCCAAUCUGUCUCUCACUGCAUAAUGCGGAGUUCCAAGGUCUCUGGCCUCUCCGCACCAAGGAGGAGAUGAAAGAAGUGUGUUCCGCCUUCAACAUCAGCAAGGAGCAUUGCACGAAGUACGUGCAGUUUGGAAACACGUUCAAUCUGCUACAUGCUGCAGCAUCUUUUAUUUCUGUGCAUCAGAAGAGCGUCGGAGUUGCCGGUGUAUCGGACAAGUAUGGCAAGCGCAGUUGGGCUCGCUACCCUGCCUUGUGGACACUCAAACACGUUGAUUCGUUACCUAAUCCCGAUCCUACCGACAUUGCAGCAUUGGAUGAAAAUCCAGUUGAUGUGAAAAGCGUCCAGAUCGACCAAGUAGCCGAGGCGGAGCGGCCUGAACACAAACGGCAAGCACAGGAAUGGGCGGGGAUCAAGCAGGAUCCCAAUGCUGAUCUCUUCGUUUUCGUCGGUCGUUGGUCGAAGCAGAAAGGUGUUGACUUGAUAGCUGAUGUCAUGCCCUCGCUACUUGAGAAGCGGUCGUCUAUUCAGCUCAUCACUGUUGGUCCUGUUAUCGACUUGUAUGGUCGUUUUGCGGCAGAGAAAUUGGCUCGCCUCAUGGAGCUCUACCCCGAUCGGGUAUUUUCGAAGCCUGAGUUCACGGCUUUGCCCCCCUACUUGUUCAGUGGUGCAGACUUUGCCCUGAUUCCCUCUCGAGAUGAGCCUUUCGGUUUAGUAGCUGUCGAAUUUGGUCGGAAAGGCGCUCUGGGUGUGGGCAGUCGGUUGGGAGGCCUUGGGUUGAUGCCUGGUUGGUGGUUCCCGGUGGAGUCUACAUCAACUGAACACAUGAUGUCUCAACUCACCAAGACGAUUAAGAUGGCACUGAAAUCCUCGCAAGAAGAAAGGGCAAUGCUACGGGCACGCUCUGCUGUCCAGCGUUUCCCCGUCGUAGAGUGGCGUCAGCGUAUGGAAGACUUCCACCGGCGCAGUAUCAAUAUGAGCCGCGACGUGGCGGGACCGAAUGCCUGGCGUUCAGCCGAUGCUCUCGUUGGCGAAAGCGGCAUAGCGGUUGCUGAAGCGGACGACUGGGAGCCAGGUCAUGUGGCAUUCCCCUCCCAGCCUGACUGGGAAAUUCGAAGUGUCAAUGGUAGCCCUGGGGCAGGCACACCAGGCACGCCUGGAUCUCCGGGGCGGUGGAGUCAAGAAACGUUGACAUUAGGUCCCGAUGGCUCUAUGGCCAUGCGUCCGCGCCUCAUUCAAGAAAGUCGGAGAGUCUCAUACGCCACUGACUUAUCAGAAAAUGACAGCGAUUACUUCUCCAACGCCCACCAGCCAAGUAGCCACGAUUCAGGUCCGGACUUUGGCAACUUCCUUGAACGGGCCAACCGCACCAUUGCUCAAGACCAGCGAAAUGUCCCGGAUCCCUUCCUUGACCCUUCAUCGAGUAAACCAUUUGGUUCUCAUUCGCGCAUAUCUUCUAUUGAAUCUAUUGCUUCGAUCGUUGAUGAAAAGUACAACUCUCCAUUGAACAAAGCAAUUGCUUCAUUCACGGAUGCCGAUGGAGGAGUCGCGCAAGAGUUCGUGCAGAAGCUUCAAAUGUUGAACUCGCACAAUUCUAAGGGAGAACUGUCGAUCGAGAAAUUCCUGACAAAAAGUGAAGAAGCGUUCUUCGACAAGGUAAAAAGGGAGCGAUUGUCUAGUGCAGCUAGUAUCAGGUCAUCGCGAAGAGAAUCAAUAUGGGGCACACCUGCGCCAUCUUCGUUUGAAUACUCUCGUCCUCCAUCACUAAAUCAUUUCCUUGGGGCGGAUGCUAUUCCAAUGAGUGACUACGGUGGACCCCCCAACGAGAAGGACGUUGUCAUCAUGAGCAGCUUGCAAAUCGCGAUGUCGAGGGAGAUCUUUGGCUGGCCAUUAUAUGGUAUUGUUAUUGGCAUAGGGCAGAUGUUGAGCGCGACGACUUUCCAGCUCACGCUGCUUUCUGGCGCAAAUACACAGUCAAAUCUACAGCUAUAUGUGUUGGGAGGAAUUUUCCUUGCCGCAUCCGCCGUUUGGUAUCCGCUGUUCCGCCUAAAACCCUCCGUCUACGUGCUAUCUGCGCCAUGGCUGUUCUUCGGUGUUGCUUUCUUCUUGAUUGGCUUGCCCUCAGUGACCCCUUCCCUCUACUCGACUCAUUAUGCCCUGUCAAGUGCAGCUACUUGGUCGUAUGCAGUGGCCUCUGCAGCGGCAUUCCUCUUCUUUGGUCUUAACUUCGGAGAGGAAGCGGGAGCAGCCACGGAUACUUGGAUCAUGAGGGCUUGUAUCGUACAAGGAUCACAACAGAUUUGGGUUGCAGCCCUCUGGUACUGGGGAUAUACACUUGACGACGCACCUGCAGGCAACAUGGCACCUUGGUGGAUCGUUCUCAUCGUCUGGCCGCUAGCUGUAAUGAGCGUGAUAUUUGCGUACCUCAUGUUGUACGGCUUGCCGGAUUAUUACCGUCAGACGCCGCCAAAGGUCCCUCACUUCCUCAAGACGCUGUUUCGCCGCAAGAUCGUUCUUUGGUUCCUCGGCUCUGAGAUUCUACGAGAUUACUGGCUCAGUGGUCCUUACGGACGCAACUGGACUUUCCUGUGGAACGUCGACAUCCCCAAGUGGCAAAUUCUCCUCUUGGUUGUGGCAUUCUUUAUUGGCGUUUGGGGUCUCUUGAUGUUAGGAUUGACUCGCCUGAGCAAGACACAUACAUGGCUGCUUCCUGUUUUUGCAGUUGGUCUGGGAGCACCGCGAUGGUGUCAAAUGAUGUGGGGUACAUCUUCGCUCGCUCUGUACAUACCAUGGGCUGGCAACGCUGGACCGUACUUGGGUGUCUCCCUCUGGUUGUGGCUCGGUGUUUUGGAUGCCAUCCAAGGUGUGGGGCUUGGGAUGAUUCUUUUGCAGACACUUUCGCGACUGCAUGUAUGCGCUACGCUUGCAUUCGCACAGAUCAUAGGAUCGGUCUGCGUAAUAGUAGCCCGUGCUACUGCCCCCGAUACAAUUGGUCCAGAGAGCGUAUUCCCUGACGCCGCCGCAUGGAGUUUCUCCGACGGACUGAAAGGGAGCCCAAUGGCAUCAGCACCGUUCUGGAUUGCUCUUGUGUGCCAGAUCGCCAUUGUUGUUGGGUACUUCUGGUUCUACCGUAAAGAGCAACUCUCCCGGCCAUGA